AUGGGCGCUGUGGGCUCAUCAAGCGCCCCGGGGACCUAUAUGAGGUGCUGGCCUUCCACCUGGACAGGGUGCUGGGGCUGAACCGACGCUUCACCAGCCACCUCCUGCCCUACAGCUAUACCAACGGCUCCCCACGACCCAUUGUCUGGUGGGCGCCCGACCUCCAGCACCUGGAGGAUGCCAACAAUGACCAGAACUCUUGUGCCCUGGGGUGGCUGCAGUACCAGGAGAUGCUGAGCCCCAUGGACAGAUGCCAGUGGCUGGGGGGGGUUCCUUCUCCACGAUUUUUCAACUCCAGUAUCUCUCGCAGUGAGUGGAGCUACCUGGCCCUCUUCGACUUUCUCCUCCAGGUUCAUGACCGUCUGGACCGCUACUGCUGUGGGUUUCAGCCUGAUCCCUCCGAGCCCUGCGUGGAGGAGAUGCUCCAUGAGAAGUGCCGAAACCCAGCAGAGCUGGUCCUGGUCCACAUCCUGGUCAGGCGGAGUGCACCAUCCCGCCUGGUGUUCAUUGACAACGCGGGCCGACCACAGCACCCUGAGGAGAAGCUCAACUUCAGGCUCUUGCAAGGCAUAGACAGCUUCCCGGCGGCGGCGGUGGCCAUGCUGCAGUCAGGCAGGUUGCAGAGCCUGCUGCUGGAGUCGCUGCAUGUGGACCGGGAGCUCUGGGAGAGCCAGGGCGGUGCUGAGGGCCUGAGACCUCUGCUGCAGACCAUCGACAGGCGGGCACGCAUCCUGCUGCGGUACAUCCAGGAGCAAAACCUGACGGUGUUCGGGGACUUGCCACGCUGA